AGGUAGGGGCGGGAGGGUAGUCUACGAUGCGAGUAAUGUUGUGACACCACCUCGCGACUUUGCGGUUGGUGCGUCUCUCCGGGUUGGUGGAUCGACAGCCAAUAGUGUCAGUGUCCUGGCUGUGAUUGGUCAGGGCAAUAUGACGGAUGCGUGAGAAGAAAACACCGCCUCAGCUAAGAGUGUUGAAUCCGGCGCGAAAGAAAAAGUAUGGAAGUGCAACUGAGGCGCUUAAACGCACGCUUUCUUAGGUUGAGUAUGUGCUUUUGAAGACUGGGCGUAAUGGAUGGUGCUGGACAUUUAUAGGCCCUUUUCCUUCAUUCUAGUAUUUAUGUGUGGGGGGGGGGGGGUAAGAGUGAUGGUGUUGAAGGAUGCAAACUUGGUAGGGAGUAGUAAAUAAGCCACAGAGAUCAAAUGCACAAUAUAAUGAAUACAGACAUGGAUGUACCCCAAUUAGUAAUGUGAUAAAUAAGCUAUAUGGACAAUCAUAUUACAGUAUAUAAAUGUAUCGAAGCAACAUCACUGUAUACUUUAAGUUUACACAAUAUUACAAGUCAAAUUUAUUCCUUAAAAAUUAUUUAUGAAAGUGGGGUUUUUAAAAACAACUUUCCUUGUAGGCUCCUAUCCCGACUCAUCCGGUGGUGUCUACAUUUUCUUCUAAAUUUUUUCAGUUGUUUAACAAUGAACCUUUUUGCUCUAGUGACUUUAUUUUUUUAAUGAUCUGACAUUGCUUUGUUUUUCAAAGUUAGUUUACCCCUGACCGUUAAGGUCAGAGCGCACGUUGUUAAUGCCUUUAGGAAUGCAGUCUGCCCCCCAAAUCAGGUUGGUUUCUAAUGGAUGGGAUGAACCCGUGUCGUUGGCUAGCAUUUUCUCGCCAAAGACAUCCAUCCAUAUGGCCCCAAAAGCAUUGAACGCAAGCGAUCAAUUAUCUAGUAACUUCAAGGAAGUAUGUCGAAUCAAUUGCCUUUUCUCAGAAUACUCUUGAACCACCACCUCUUACUUGAGAUCAGACGAAGCGGAGCCUAGAAACGGUCUUGAGUAAAGAAGACCUCACAAUAAGUUUAACAAGAGAGUACUCUCGAAGAAGAUGGCGUUCCGUUUCUCCCCCACAGUCUCUGCUGCCUCCCUUUACCCUCUGACAGACUGACGCGGUUGGAAAACUGUAACUACCGCAGCAGGUCCCGACAGACUUUGCAUCGCCGUCACCCCUGGAAUUUCGCCAGUUCCCUUCUCUGCGCACAACGGCAUACUCAGGCCUCUUGGUCCUCUUUUCCAAACUAGCAUUGCUGAUUACGGACAAGCUGGGAUGGGGAAAAACUAUCCCGCGAGACCGUGGAGCUCGCCGCGGGAGGGAACCCGCGGGGGAAUCUAGCCCUCCGAGCCGCACGACUGUUCCCGAUCGUUUUCGGUUCUUUCCGGCCUCUCGUGGAGCUUCGGGGAGCCUCGGCGUCUGUGUCGCUAACCUCGGCUGUUUCCGCUUUCGGCUAGCAGCCGUUGUCCUGGCAACGCGCGGCGGCUCUGUGGUCCUGGAGAGGUUUCAGCCCUGACUAGUCAGUUUCAUCAUGGCCCUCUACUUUGACUACGGAAUAGAAGCCCCAGACUCAGUUGGGUCUCCUUCCCACAUCAGUUGGCACCCUGUUCAUCCGUUUCUGGCAGUUGCCACCAUGGGCACAACCUCAGGAGGCAGUGUGGAUAUAUACCUGGAGCAAGGUGAGCGUGUGCCUGAUACGCAUAUUGAGAGGUCGUACCACGUCACUUCUCUGUGCUGGCACCCGACGCGGCUGGUACUGGCUGUUGGAUGGGAGACCGGAGAAGUGAUUAUGUUUAAUAAGCAGGACAAGGAGCAGCAUGUGGUCCCCCCAACGCACACUGCAGACAUCACUGUCCUGAGUUGGAGUACCAACGGAAACUGCCUCCUGUCGGGGGACAGGCUCGGUGUCCUGCUCUUAUGGAGGUUGGAUCAAAGGGGCCGAGUACAAGGGACACCCCUGCUGAAACAGGAGUACGGAAAACACCUGACUCACUGCAUCUUCCGGCUCCCCCCUCCUGGCGAGGACCUUGUUCAGUUGGCAAAGGCAGCUGUGAGUGGCGAUGAGAAAGCCCUGGACAUGUUUAACUGGAGGAAAAGUGGCUUUGGAAGUUUCUUGAAAACGGGAUCUCAGGAGGGACUGUCAUUCUUUGUCAGCCUGAUAGAUGGGACAGUGCACUACGUGGAUGAGAAAGGCAAGACCACUCAGGCGGCGUCCACAAACAGCUCCAUCCAAAUGCUGUUCUACAUCGAGAAGAGGGAGGCGCUGGUGGUGGUCACGGAGAACCUGCUGCUGUCCCUGUACUUGGUGACUCCUGAGGGUGAAGCGGAAGAAGUGAUGAAGGUAAAGUUGAGUGGGAAAACAGGUCACCGGGCAGACAUCGCUUUGAUUGAUGGCAGCCUUCUGGUGACUGCCAUUGGGGAAGCGGCCCUCAGAUUCUGGGAUUUAGAACAAGGAGAGAAUUAUGUACUGAGUCCAGAAGAGAAGUUUGGUUUCGAAAAAGGAGAGAAUAUAAACUGUGUUUCUUACUGUAAAAUCAAAGGUCUUCUGGCAGCAGGUACCAGUAAAGGGCGAGUAGCCAUGUGGAGAAAAGUGCCGGGCCCCCACAGCAGCCGAGGAGUGGAGGGCAAAGACAGGUGGAUCCUUCAAACCCCUACUGAGCUUGAAGGAAACAUCACCCAGAUAAAGUGGGGCUCCAGGAAGAACCUUCUGGCAGUGAACAACCUCAGCUCUGUGGUGAUCCUCAGCGAGCAGGCCAUGUCAUCGCACUUCCACCAGCAGGUGGCCGUGGUGCAGACUUCCCCGAGCUUACUCAGCGUGUCCUUCCUGUCCACGGGGAUGACAUACAGCCUGCGCACAGACAUGCACAUCAGCGGGGUGUUCGCCACCAAGGAUGCUGUUGCCGUCUGGAAUGGAAAACAGGUGGUGGUCUUUGAGCCUUCUGGAACCACGUUACGAAAUGCAGGUACCUUCCUGUGUGAGUCUCCAGUGUUGGCAAUGUAUGAGGAAAGUGUUUAUACAGUGGAGCCAAAUCGCGUUCAAGUUCGAACCUGGCAGGGGACUGUGAAACAACUCUUGCUGUUCUCUGAGACGGAGGGGAACCCAUGCUUCCUUGACAUCUGUGGAAAUUUCCUGGUUGUAGGGACAGACUUGGCUUACUUUAAAAGCUUUGAUCUUUCCCGAAGAGAGGCGAAGGUGCACUGCAGCUGCAAGAACCUGGCCGAGCUGGUCCCUGGUGCGGGGGGCAUUGUGUCGCUCAGAUGUAACGCCAAUGGCAACAAGAUCAGCAUCCUCCUCAGCAAGGCUGACAGCAGCCCCGAUUCCAAAAUCUGUUUCUAUGACGUGGAAAUGGACUCAGUGACCAUCUUCGACUUCAAGACAGGACAGGUCGAUCAGAGAGAGUCGUUGUCCUUUAACGGGCAGGACACUAAGAAGAACCGUGCCUUUGCCAAUGAGAAGCUGGCACACCUUGCUCCCGUGAGCCACUUCUGGGAUCAGAGCGAGCCCAGGCUGUUCGUGUGUGAGGCCGUGCAGGAGGUAACAGGAGCCCAGCCGCAGCCCGUGGACAGGAAGGCCCACACUGAGGACAGCGCUGACCCCACGGCGGACGUGUUGAUUUUGUCCUUCUUCAUUUCUGAGGAGCAUGGCUUCUUGCUUCAGGACAGCUUCCCCCGGCCCCCCUCCUACCAGUCUCUCCUGGGAAUGGAAGUGCCCCAUUACUACUUCACGAGAAAGCCAGGAGAAGCAGACAGAGACAACCAGGUGGAUUCAGGGCACCACUGCAUGGUGGGCAGGAGGCCCCUGCGAGACUUUGUGGGGCUGGAGGACUGCGACAAGCCCACCCGGAAUGCCAUGCUCAACUUCAGCUACUUCAUUGCCGUCGGAGACAUGGACGAAGCUUUCAAAUCUAUCAAGCUCAUCAAAAGCGAGGCUGUCUGGGAGAACAUGGCGCGCGUGUGUGUGAAGACCCAGCGGCUGGAUGUCGCCAAGGUGUGCCUGGGCAACAUGGGCCAUGCACGUGGAGCCCGAGCUCUGCGGGAGGCCGAGCAGGAGCCAGAGCUGGAGGCGCGUGUGGCUGUGCUGGCCAUACACCUGGGAAUGCUGGAGGAGGCUGAGCAGUUGUACAAGAAAUGCAAGCGCUAUGACCUUCUCAACAAGCUCUACCAGGCCUCUGGCCAGUGGCAAAAAGCCAUUGAAGUCGCCGAACUUCAUGACCGUGUCCACCUGCGCACCACCUACUACAACUACGCCAAGCACCUGGAGGCCAGCGCCGACUGCAGCCUGGCCCUCAGCUACUAUGAGAAAUCAGACACCCACCGCUUCGAGGUACCCAGGAUGCUCUCAGAGGACCUGCAGUCCCUGGAGCUCUACAUCAAUAAGAUGAAGGACAAAACCCUGUGGAGGUGGUGGGCCCAGUACCUGGAAAGCCAGGCAGAGAUGGAUGCCGCGCUGCACUACUAUGAACUGGCACAGGACUACUUCUCCCUGGUCCGCAUUCACUGCUUCCAGGGCAACAUUCAGAAGGCUGCUGAAAUAGCCAACGAGACAGGAAACUGGGCUGCGUCCUAUCACCUGGCCCGGCAGUAUGAAAGCCAGGAGGAUGUGAGGCAGGCAGUGCACUUCUACGCACGGGCUCAGGCCUUCAACAAUGCCAUUCGUCUGUGCAAGGAGAACAGCCUGGAUGACCAGCUCAUGAACCUGGCCCUGCUGAGUUCCCCCGAGGACAUGAUUGAGGCAGCACGCUACUACGAGGAGAAGGGCGAGCAGAUGGACAGGGCAGUCAUGCUGUACCACAAGGCCGGCCACUUCUCCAAGGCCCUGGAGCUGGCCUUUGCCACCCAGCAGUUUGUGGCCCUGCAGCUCAUCGCGGAGGACCUGGAUGACAAGUCGGACCCUGCCCUCCUGGCCCGCUGCUCAGACUUCUUCGUUGAGCAUAACCAGUACGAGAAGGCAGUGGAGCUGCUGCUGGCGGCCAAGAAGUAUCAGGAAGCCCUGCAGCUUUGUCUGGAGCAGAACAUGACCAUCACCGAGGACAUGGCCGAGAAGAUGACUGUGUCCAAGGACUGCACAGAUCUGUCAGAAGAGUCACGGCGCGAGCUGCUGGAACAGAUUGCCAACUGCUGCGUGCGCCAGGGCAACUACCAUUUGGCCACUAAGAAGUACACGCAGGCUGGUAACAAGCUCAAGGCCAUGAGAGCACUGCUCAAGUCUGGGGACACAGAGAAAAUUGUGUUCUUUGCGGGUGUCUCAAGGCAAAAGGAAAUCUACAUCAUGGCAGCCAACUACUUACAGUCCCUGGACUGGCAGAAGGAGCCGGAGACCAUGAAGAACAUCAUCAGUUUCUACACCAAGGGGCGGGCCCUGGACCUGCUGGCCGGUUUCUAUGAUGCCUGUGCUCAGGUGGAGAUCAAUGAAUACCAGAACUAUGACAAAGCCCAUGGGGCGCUAACUGAGGCCUACAAGUGCUUGUCCAAGGCCAAGGCCAAGAGUCCCCUGGACCAGGAGACCAAGCUGGCACAGCUUCAGAGCAAGAUGACGCUGGUGAAGCGGUUCAUUCAGGCCCGAAGGACAUACAGCGAGGACCCCAAGGAAUCGGUCAAGCAGUGUGAGCUGCUCCUGGAGGAGCCAGACCUGGACAGCGCCGUUCGCCUCGGGGACGUCUGUGGCUUCCUGGUGGAGCACUACCUGCGGAUGGAGGAGUUCCAGAUGGCCUACAAGUAUCUGGAGGAGAUGCGGAGACGCCUUCCCACCACCAAGGUAUCCUACUACGUGACCCAGCAGACCGUGGAUGCCGUGCACCAGGGCCUGGGCAUCCCUCCAGCACGCUUCGUGCCCGAGCAGACCCACCACGACAGCAUGGAGGACCCCGAGGAGGUGAUGGAGGAGGUUGAAAAUGACCCCUGAGGAGCUGCUGCUGGGAAAGCUUUUCUGGAACUUUCUAGUCAUUAAGAGCCUGACUUUUGGG